AUGUCCGAUCAAACCCGUUACUACCACGACGACAGUCAAUCAGUGCCUUUAAAGCUUGAUGAUUCAAUGUCAGGGUAUAGAAACUCCCAACAGCUUGAAAAUGUCGAUAUCGAAGCAAGGAACCACACACAAGACAAUGACUACGAGUACGAGGAGCCAUUUGACAUGACUUUGUCAAAGCACAACAAGGAAAAUGCAGUAAAGAAUAUACUUGGCUUCGUGUUCUCGCUGGUGUUCAUGAUCGGUUUACCACUCGGCUUAUACUUUGGCCUCCGGAAUGUCAUUGGACAAGUAUACGCACUUUUGAUCUCGGGUAUUCCUCCCCUGUUGCAUGUCAUCUAUACAUUUAUACAACAACGACGUGUGGAUUUCCUUGGUGUUUUGGUUCUUCUUGCCUUUGUGAUCUCUGCAGUGAUUUCUAUUGUCACAGGAGAUGCAAGGGCAGCACUUCUCCGCGAUUCGGCUGUGACCAUGGUUAUUGCCGCGCUAUUUGCUUCCACUCUGAUUCCUAUUCGCACUGAACGACUUAGCAUUUAUCCACUCACUUGGAGCAUUUCUCGUAAAAUGGUCUAUGAUAAUGUGCAGCCCUAUCAUUGGCGUGAUCAGCAUGGUAUACGGCACGAGAUGCCAUUCAGCGACUUUUUGUGGAGUCACCUGCCUGUGGUUCGAAAAGGCAGCUAUCUCUUGACCGGAGGGUAUGCCAUUGGCCUUACUGCUGAGUUUGUGAUUCGAGUGAUCAUGAUUGAAGCAACAACCCUUACCGUGGACCAAAUCGUGCUAUAUGGCAAUAUCAUUGUUAUUGUCGUAGUUGUCGUCAUGACCACUUUUGGCGUUUACCUAUCAAUUGCUAUUAGAAACAAAUCUUUACAAUGGGCCAAGGACAACGACUAUACCGCUCAUUACAACUCUACUCGAUCCACCACCAUCUCUAGCCAGCAGCAGUAA